CCACUUUCGACGUUGGUCCAAGCGCCUACGCACUUUUGCAAAAAGCUCCACUGAGCCCACGACCUUUCCACCGUCACUCCAACAACACCGCUUCCUGGGUUGAUUAGGCUCACGAUAGCCACUGCUCAAACCAGGACUUUCUUUCUUUGCAAUUUUACCAAUCGUCGCAGGCUGUGUCUAUACACUCUGCGAGCCUGAAUCGUACUCGAAAGUCCGUCGAGGCGGGGUACAUUUGGAACAACACAAAAGUUUUUCACGUAGCAUAACUUCGGCAACUAGCUUUUCAGGAUGGUCAACUUCACCGUCGAGGAGAUCCGUAGUCUCAUGGACAAUGCGGCUAACGUCCGCAACAUGUCCGUCAUUGCCCAUGUCGACCACGGAAAAUCUACUCUCACUGACUCGCUUGUCCAGCGAGCUGGUAUCAUUUCCGCUGCGAAAGCCGGUGAAGCGCGUUUUACUGAUACGCGCGCUGAUGAACAAGAGCGCGGUGUCACCAUCAAGUCAACUGCUAUUUCUCUUUAUGCCCAGCUCAAGGAUGAGGAGGACUUAAAGGACAUUCCGGUCAAGACCGAGAAAAAUGAUUUCCUCAUCAACUUGAUUGACUCGCCAGGUCACGUCGACUUCUCCUCUGAGGUCACAGCCGCUCUCCGAGUCACCGAUGGCGCUCUUGUAGUCGUCGACACCGUUGAAGGAGUGUGUGUGCAGACCGAGACCGUGCUACGACAGGCCCUUGGUGAACGCAUCAAGCCAGUCGUUAUCAUCAAUAAGGUCGAUCGCGCUCUGCUCGAGCUACAGCUCGAGAAAGAGGAUCUGUAUCAGAACUUUUCUCGUGUCAUCGAGUCCGUCAAUGUCGUCAUCGCCACUUACUACGACAAGGCUCUUGGCGAUGUUCAGGUGUACCCAGACAAGGGCACUAUUGCUUUCGGAUCCGGUCUUCACGGCUGGGCCUUCACAGUCCGACAGUUCGCUUCAAGAUACAGCAAGAAGUUUGGUGUGGACAAGAACAAGAUGAUGACCCGCCUCUGGGGAGAUAACUGGUUUUCUCCUAAGACCAAGAAGUGGACCAAAACCGCUCCAGGAGACGGCACUGAGCGCUCUUUCAAUCAGUUCAUCCUUGAUCCAAUUUUCCGCAUCUUCAACGCGGUCAUGAACUUUAAGAAGGACGAGAUACCCACUCUUCUUGAGAAGCUCGAGAUCAAGCUGUCCAGCGACGAGAAAGACCUCGAGGGCAAGGCACUUCUGAAGGUUGUCAUGCGCAAGUUCUUACCUGCUGCUGAUGCCCUUCUGGAGAUGAUGAUUCUCCACUUGCCAUCUCCAGUUACCGCCCAGAGGUACCGCAUGGAAACCUUGUACGAGGGUCCCCCAGAUGAUGAAUCUGCCAUUGGUAUCCGCGACUGUGACCCCAAGGGACCACUCAUGUGCUAUAUCUCCAAAAUGGUGCCGACUUCUGAUAAGGGUCGCUUCUAUGCCUUUGGCCGUGUCUUCUCUGGCACUAUCCGCUCCGGUCUCAAGGUCCGAAUUCAGGGACCACACUACACACCUGGCAAGAAGGACGACCUGUUUAUCAAGGCAGUUCAGCGUACCAUCCUCAUGAUGGGUCGAUUCAUCGAACCAAUCGAAGAUGUACCAGCUGGUAAUAUUCUUGGCAUUGUCGGAAUCGACCAGUUCCUGCUGAAGUCCGGCACGCUCACUACUUCUGAGACUGCUCACAACAUGAAGGUCAUGAAGUUCUCAGUCUCCCCUGUCGUGCAGCGAUCUGUUGAAGUCAAGAACGCAAAUGAUCUUCCUAAGCUCGUCGAAGGUCUCAAGCGUCUGUCAAAAUCCGAUCCCUGUGUUCUGACCUACAUCAACGAAUCUGGUGACCAUAUUGUCGCGGGUGCUGGUGAGCUGCAUUUGGAAAUCUGUCUCAAGGAUUUAGAAGAAGAUCAUGCCGGCGUCCCACUGAGGUUCUCUGACCCAGUCGUCUCGUAUCGCGAGUCUGUUGGCGGCGACUCAUCAAUGGUUGCCCUUUCCAAGUCGCCUAAUAAGCACAACCGUCUAUACGUCACGGCGACACCUCUUGCCGAGGAAGUUUCGAAAGACAUCGAAUCUGGUAAGAUCGGCCCACGAGAUGAUUUCAAAGCACGCGCCCGUAUCCUCGCGGACGAACAUGGCUGGGAUGUCACCGAUGCUCGCAAGAUCUGGUGCUUCGGGCCAGACACCACGGGUCCAAACGUUCUUGUUGACCAGACCAAGGCUGUGCAGUACCUAAACGAAAUCAAGGACUCUGUCGUCUCUGGUUUCCAGUGGGCCACUCGCGAAGGUCCUAUUGCUGAAGAGCCAAUGCGUUCCACCCGCUUCAACAUCCAGGAUGUCACGCUGCACGCCGAUGCAAUCCAUCGCGGCGGUGGACAAAUCAUCCCAACUGCUCGUCGUGUGCUUUAUGCUGCUCUGCUGCUCGCUGAACCGUCUAUUCUGGAACCAGUCUAUCUUGUCGAAAUUCAAGUUCCAGAACAAGCCAUGGGCGGCAUCUACGGUGUGCUUACCAGGAGACGUGGUCACGUCUUUGAAGAGGCUCAGCGCCCAGGUACUCCUCUGUAUAACAUCAAAGCAUACUUGCCUGUCAAUGAGUCGUUCGGUUUCGUCGCCGACUUGCGAUCAAAUACUGCUGGCCAGGCAUUCCCACAGUCUGUGUUUGAUCACUACCAGGUCCUACCAGGUAAUCCAACAGAUAAGACAAGCAAAGCUGGCGGCAUCGUCGAAGCUAUUCGCAUCAAAAAGGGUCUCAAGCCGGAUGUACCAGCGUACACCGAGUACUACGACAAGCUGUAAACGUUCUACGCUCGGGACACCAUCCCUGUCGCGAUGAGACAUAGAAGACGCUGUAGAUUCCAACAAGCCUCAAAAUAUAUCUCAUCGGAGGGUGUUCAAUCGCAUCUGGAAAUCCUUGGACGUGCCAAUGAAGGGUAUUGCGAAGAUAAGAAAUGCAUGCUGGAAAGGUUUCUUUUGUAGAUUUGUCUUUGGUAGAACGAAAUUUUAUGAUUUCUAUCCUGCGAAAACCUUAAUGUGCACGUAGUUGGAUGAUAUUGCACUUCUCUUUCAUUAGCCGGACGUCUCCUUUCGGGGAUAGCCGUGCGCAGCUUUAGAAUCAUAAGGCGACAUUGUUGCAAGCUUUCAAGACCAUAUAUAUCACUUGCGCGAAACGUCAUGUCAGUCACACUAUCGAACGUACAAAUCCGACGUGACAAAGCUUAUUCCAUAGAUGCCGAGAAUAAAACUCAUAAAGGU